AUGGCCCAAGGCUCACGGGCCGCCUCCUCGUCUAGCGGGGGAGCGCCGACGCGUCUGUCGUCUCGCCUUCGUCAGCUCAUUCGUGAAGCCGAGACUGGGGAGGAGGCGGGCUGCGAGCUGGCCUCGCCGCUCUAUUCGGCGCCGGCGCGGCCAGAGGCCGCCGCGGGCGGCAUCCGACGAGGCGACAGAGAUAGCGACGGAAACAGCGAGAGCGACGGCGAGCAGAGCUUGGCGCAGGAAGGCGAGAUCGCCGUGGUGGCGUCGCAGCAGGAGGACGACGAGGAGUCGAAAUUUUUUACGCGCACAGCACAGCCCCCGAUUCGACACCCCGCAACCGCGGCGCCCUAUCGCCGAGCUUGCUCUUUGUCGCUCACGCCGCUGCUUUCGAGACUGUCGCCGGCCUCUCCCUCUGUGUCGCCGCUCGUCGGCGUUCGAUCUGAGGCGGGCUUCGGGGAGGGCGAGGGGGGGGCGGGCGCGUGCCCCCAGGUGGAGACGUUGCUUGAGGAGUGGCGCCCUUCUUCAGACGGCCCGAGGCAUCCUCUCGCCGACUGCGGCGGCGAGAUGCAUUCGUUCCUCUCUUCGUUCUCCUCGCUCUCCUCCGCGGGGCGUCGUCCGCGGGGCGGGGGGGGACGCGCAGAGUAUGAGCGCGCGGCGUCGUCGUCGUCCUGGCGCAGCCGUCGCCCGCCGCGGCUCGCGUAUGCGGCGAACUCCUUCUCCUUCUCCCCGUUUUCUUCUUCUUCCUCUGAGAGCGGCGAGGAGGGCGGGCUCACAUUCUCCCCCCCUCGCUUCGCCCGCACAACACGGCCGCGCGAAGAAACGCUGAGUCUCCCUCCGCAGCCGCCCGACCCGUGCAUCGGGUCGGCGGGCAGAGUCCCCUCCACACCGGGGACCUGCGGCCCCGCGGCGGGGCUCUUCCCUGAGCCGCUGGUUUUCCGCGAAGAGGCGAUCGCCGCGCUCGCGCCGUCCUCGUGGGCAAACCCGCUCUCUCGCCUGCGGCGCAGGCGCGUCGAGGCCGAGUCCGCGGAGACCGCGGGGCCGCCCCCGGGCCCGAACCCCGCCGCCCGGGGGCGCGAGGACGCGGGACAGGUGGACGACGAGCCCGUCCUGUCGCCUUCUGCGGCGGCGUAUGACGACGGCGAGGAGCCUGUGCCCGCUCGCGAGGCGAGGCGACCGCGGCUGCCGGGCGCGGCCGAGGAGGAGGGCGCGCGGGAGCCCCGUGGGCCCCAGGCCCUCGACGAGCGCCCCGCUGCGGGCGAGGGGGGCCGCGAGGACCGCGACGAGGACGCGCGGGGCGGCGGCGGCAGCGCGCGUCCCUCUGUCUGCAACCUGCGCUUCCACCGGUCGUCGUCGUGGGAGCCGCUGAGCUCGGCGGGGUCCCGCAGCGGGGUGGGCGGCGGGGCCGUCGGGUGGCCUCCAGCCGCAGGCGGCCCGCUGGGCGCUGGAGCCCGUGCGCCGCCGCUGGCGUCCCGCGCGCCGCUCUGCUACGCGACGUCGUCGCAAGUCUCGCAGACGAGUUUGCCGGCCGGGCGGCCUUUCGGCGGCGGCGGCUUGACUGACUUGUCUGCCCCUCUGGCGCUGCAGCAGCAGGUCAUGCGCCUCGCAGAGGAGGCGCUUCACUCGCCGGAGGAGAGCAUGCAAGGCGCGGGGCCGUUGCCCCGGGGUGCGCCGCCCCCGUCGACCGCGUGUCCGCCCUACUCUUUCACGUUUCACGAGAGUCAGCCGCUCUUUCACCUCGAUAAGACGCGGAACCCAGUCCUCUGGAGCAACGGCUCGAAUGCGGAGAGCGCCGUCUGGGGCGACUCGAACUGCAGCGUGACCUCGCCGCAGCAGCUGUCUCCGCUCGCGGCGGGCGUAUACGGCUUGGGCGCCGGCGCGCGCCUCGGCGGGGCCGGGGGAGGAGGGACGGCCUCGCCCAACGGCUUCUUCGGCCCCGGCCUUGCGGGGGGGGGCGCCUACUCCUGUGUCAUCGAGCCCUGCGAACCGCCGCCGCGAAGAGACUCGACGGGCUUCUGGGCCUUCACCGGCGUCUGGGCUGACCAGGAUGCAGCCGCUGCGGAGUUUCGAAAAAUUGCCGCGGCGCGAGGCGGGAAUAGCUUGAUGACGCUGCAUGCCUUUCGGCUGCUCGUGACGAUCUUUGUCCUCCUCGACGUCAUCAAGUUCGGCGCGUCGACUUGCUUUUACCCUUCGAACCACACGGCCUUCGUGGUCUUCCUGUUCCUGAAUUUGGGUGUCUGGCUCUUCUUCCUCGCGGAGGCCCUUGUGAAGCUGAAGAUCCUCGGAGCGCGGCGGUACCUGCACUCGCUCUUCACCAUCUUUGACGGCUUUCUGCUGCUGGUGCAAACUGCGGCGAUCUUGCUUCGCACAGUCAUCCUCCUAGAUCCAAACGGCGUCGGCAAACCGAUCUUCGAACCCGAAUCCGUCGAGCGCGCCGACCCCAUCACCAACGAGUUCACCGUCAGCCGCACGCACAUGGCGCUGCUGGCCUUGGAUACCAUUCAGCUUUUCCGCGUGUAUCGUCUCACCUUCUCCUGUCGGGAGUUGUUUCUUCUCACGAAAAGCGUUUUGCACAGCCUCCGGUCUCUGCAGUGGACCGCGCUGUUCGUUUUCUGCGUGAUUUAUACCUGCGCGAUCUUCUGCACUUGGACUUUCUAUGAUGCGGACGAUGCAGAGAUGAGUCUCCUGUGGGGGAACUUGGUCCUCUCCAUGUUUACCCUCUUCACUGUCCUAACCCUCGAAGGGUGGAAUGGCGUGGCGAACUCGACGGCCGAGAAGCACCCCUUCAGCCGCAUCUUUUUCGUCUGUUUCAUUUGUUUCACGACCCUGACUCUGCUGAACAUCGUCACAGGUAUCAUUUUGGAUGCGUAUGUGGAUAUGUCGAGCCGGCUGGCGGCGGAGGCGAGUUACCAUGAACAUCUGGAGAAGGACGCGCGCAACGAGGACCUGCUCACGAAGGCUUUCCAGCAGACGGACUUUUUGUUUUCACUGCCAGCGGGGGGCGGCGCCUCGGCGCUGCGGAACUGGAACAGUCUCUCGCGGAGUUCAGUUGACGGCAGCAGCAAGUUCUCGCCCGCAUUUUCAGGCCCCGCCCGGAAGAAGGCGAACGAGGAGGGCAGCUUCCCUGCGGGCGGCGCGCCGCCAGACAGCGGCGGAGGCGGCGGAGGCGCGCCCUCUGGCGACCCUUGCGGCGCGGCGCCGCCUCGUGCAUCUUCUGCGGCGCGCGGAGACCUCGAUCGCGCGCCCAGCAGCUGGGCGGGCGCCGGCGGCGGCGGCGCGGGCGCGAGGGGCGGCGCCAAGCUGGAGCGGAAAACCACAGGCCUGACUAGCGAGUGCUCCACUACGGCGCGGCCGCCGACCGAGGGUAACGAGGGCCUCCAAGUCGGCGGCUCCGACGGCGACGCCCGCGAAAAAGAGAGAGAGCGAGAGAAAGAGAAGGAGCGCCGGGAGGACGGGGACAAGGCCGAGGCCGUGCGGAAGGGCGUGGAUUACUGCGACUCGAAGAUGACUGAAGCCGAAGACGCCGCCGCGAUCGACGGCGACGAGGGCGCGGUGGAAACAGAGGACGGCGAGCGCGAGCGCGCCAAGCACGAGAGCGACGAGGAUCGGGCGCUGCAGGGCUCGCGGGACACCGCGUGGGACGCGGCGGAGAAACCCGAGAAGCGGAGAAAACGCUUCCCUAGGUUCUUCAGCAAGGUUGGCUCGCGCGGACUGCUCCAACUCGGCCGCCACCGCCACCAAGACGACAAACGCGAAAAGAAAAAGGACGAAUCCGAGUGCCGAGAAGUCGCCUGCCUCAACCUGGGCAGCCUCCAUCCACUCGACAUCCUGCAGCACCCUGCCAUUCUCGAUGCCCUCGAAAAAGCAGACAUUCCUCUUUUCCAAGCAUUCGACGUUCUGAACCUCUACUACACGCGCGGCGUGGAGUUCAUCACAGUGAAGGAGUUUGCGGAGUCAUGCAACCGCGUCUGCGGCACGUCCACGGGGCGGCAGCUUCUGCAGAUGCAGAUUGACCUUCAUCAGAAGCUGAAUCGCGUCGAGCGGCGCGUGCGGCGGCUGGCGAAGGCCCUCGUUCAGCAGCAGCAGCUGAUCCUUCAGCAGCAGCUCCACGCGAUGCCCUCGGCGCUCUUCCGGCAGUGUGCGUCCUUCACCACCACGCCGAGCGUGUACGGCAUGCCGAGGACGCUGAGUCACCAAACCGUUCAGGCAGCGCCGGCGAGCGCCUCCUCCUCCGCGAUGCCCUUUGUGGCGUAG